UUGUAAAAAAAAAAGAAAACGAAAUAUGAGAAUUCAGGUGAACCCACGCUUCAUAAAAAUAAGACCUGACCACGAGGUCGAGGCCUUAGCUUUUACCUAAGAGGUUAUAGGCUGUUCGGAAUGGGCUGAUUUGUGAUUCAAAUGUGAAUUAUUGGUGCUUUGUUAUGCGGUAUGGGGAGUUUCGAGAAUCCGAAUACCAAAAAAUUUGUCGAAACGGCGAUACGCAUUCUAGAAAUUAAAUCGAAUCACCAGAGGUGGUAUCAAACUAUUACGUAAAUGAGAGCGACAGGUAGCGUCCACGCGAUAAGGAGACAUCGUUGAUUCUGAACUUCAAAACGAUUUGGAUUAUCACGAUCAUAAAUAUUAAAGACGGGGCGACGCGUUACUCGUCUACGUUGUUAACGCCGAAAUAUUAAGGUAUUCGACUUUGGUCUAUAUUCGUAUUGGUGAGUAUAGGGUCUCGACAGUAACUGGCCUAUCAAAAUCGUCAAGUGGAAGGGAUGAUCAGAAACUCAUAAAGAAUGAAAUUCAUAAGUCCCUGCAGAGUGAUGGAUCACGUCGAUCUUCAAAGUCGAAAAUUCGCGGCUGCUGAGGGCGAAAUGUCGGAAAUACAACAAUUUUACGCCGGCAAAAAUGUUUUUAUCACCGGUGCCACAGGGUUCAUCGGUAAGGUACUUACGGAAAAGCUGGUUCGAAGUUGUCGUGAUAUCGGUAGGAUAUACGUUCUGAUCCGUGAAAAAAAAGGCAAAACCCCCGAGGACCGCAAGAGGGAUCUAUUGAGUAACGAGGUGUUCGACGUCGUGAGGAGAGAGUACCCGGAAUUUGCGGAUAAGAUAACCGCCGUCGCCGGCGACGCGACGAUUUCCGAUUUCGGUUUGUCGUCGAGAGACCGCAACCGCAUCGUUAACGAGGUCUCAGUGAUAUUUCACGCCGCUGCUAACGUGCGAUUUGACGAAUCCCUACCCAAGGCCGUCGUCAUAAACGUGAACAGUGUUAAGUACAUGAUGGACAUUGCCAAAGAUUGCGUGAAUCUGAAGGCCGCUAUUCACGUGUCCACCGCCUACAGUAACUGCGUCCAAGAAAAAAUCGACGAAGUUAUCUACGCGCCUCCUAUAAGUUACAACGACAUCAACGCGAUAGUGAACGUUUUCGAAAAUAGUAACUGGACGGAAAAAACUAAGGACGAGAUAACGAAAAGGGUGAUAGGCAAGUGGCCGAACACCUACACUUUUACCAAAGCCGUUGGGGAAGGCGUCGUACUUGAGAACGCUAAGGACCUUCCGGUCGCCAUCUUCAGACCAUCGAUCGUGUUGGCCACCGCCAAAGAACCCGUUCCCGGAUGGCUCAGUUCGGCGAUCGGAUUCUCCGGGGCCCUGGUGGGGAUAGGUGUGGGCGUAAUAAGCGUGAUGAAAGUGGAUGUUGACAAGAAGUGCGAUUGCGUACCGGCCGACAUGGUUUGCAAUUCUUUGAUCGCCUGCGCAUGGGAGACCGCCAACGCCAAAAGACGACCCGCCGCGGAUAUUCCAGUCUACAACUACGUGUCCGGCCCUGAAAAUCCCCUCUUAUGGGAAGAAUUUAACGGGAUCGGCAAACCGAUUGCAUAUUCGAUUCCGACGAGUAAAAGCGUUUAUUACAACAGUUGCUUUUACGUGAAAAACACAAUUGUUUUUCUCAUAUUGGAAUUUUUCUUGCACGCGUUGCCAGCGCUCACCCUCGACGCUAUUAGACGACCCUUCGGUAUAAAGCCCAGGUUUUACAAAAUUUUCUUGAAGGGAUCGAAGUUGAUGAGUGUCGUAUCGUAUUUUACAUUGAACGACUGGGACUUCCGAAAUCACAGAACGCAAAAUCUUUGGGAUCGAUUGAAGCCGGAAGAUAAGGAGAUAUUUCCCUUCAGCAUGCGGGAACUGAAUUGGCCUAUUUACAUCAAAGAUUACUGCUACGGGAUUCGAAGAUACUUAGCCAGGGACGGCGACGAGACCAUACCGCAAGCGAGGCGCAGGCAAACGGUCCUCUAUAUAAUCCACUGUAUCGUGCGAUUGUUCUUGGCCGCCCUCGUUCUCCUCGUCCUGUGGAAGCUGAUCGGAUGAUAUUAGGAUUCUUGCAGAUACCUCCCCCCCGUUGAUCACAUGUCUGGAAAUUUUAACUUGUCUCGAAAUAAACGAUGCUCUCAUUUCAA